UAAUGUCUUGAACACGUAAGACAAGUUGUGAUCUGUAUGACGAAUAAAUGUCGCUUUUUGAUGCCUUUCUUCUCAACGCUUUACGUAACACUUUGGAAGAUGAUGAUGAUGAAGACAUUGUAUCUUCAGUCAGUCGAACGGACCGCUAUAGUUUCCAUUUCAAACACAGCGGGUUAAUAUCAUUGAGCUCAGAUAAGAGAACAGCUGAACGUCGAUUUCAACUUUUAAGUGCUGGAAAUGGCAUAGUUUUCAGUGAUCAACCUUUACGAGAUAAUGAAGUGUUUGAGGUUUCUGUUGAUAAGUUGGUUCCACCCCUUUUUGGAGGAAGUGAUAUUACACUGGACAUAGGAGUGACGUCGUUGAAUCCAUCGUCCAUGAAUUUACCACGAACAAUGACUGAUCUUGCAACUGGAACGUGGAUGCUGAGUGGUGAUCAGGUUGUAAGAAAUGAAGUAAUAAUCAAACGAAGAUAUUGCCAAGAUCUUAAAACCUUAUCUGUUGGAGAUCGUAUUGGUGUGAGUAAAACAGAAAAUGGCUCUCUUCAUUUUUUCAUUAAUGGAAAACAUCAAGGACUUGCUGCUUCGCGUUUACCCCAAGAGGUUUUUGCUGUCGUCGAUCUUUAUGCAAGAUGUACUAAAGUGUCUAUUGUAUCACCUGGAGGUCCACCAUCUGUCUCAAACUCACUUGUCUCAAAAGUCCUUACAAAUAAAGAAGACGAGCUCCGAAGAUAUCAUCAACAGCGACAAUGGCUUCAGGAAUGCCGUAUUGUGACAUUUCCCUUAUGGUUCAUGAAAAAUAUAGCUUCUUCCGAAAUCGAAAAGAGAGAACUUUUCUUGUUUGUGCGGUCGUACGCUCAUAUAUUAGGCCAUGAUACUUUUACUUGUGAUGGCUGUGGAGAAAAGUUUCGUAAUCGGGAACUUCAUUAUUAUUGUAUGGAAUGUGAGGAUCUAGAUCUCUGUGAAAGUUGUUUCAAAUCAAAAAAAUGUCCUAAAGAUCAUAAGUUGGACCACAAGCUUUCAAAAAUGGGGUGGUACUGUGAUGGUAACAACUGUUGUAGACGUAUUACUGGCACAAGAUUUCACUGUCUGGUUUGCGAAGAUUUUGACUUGUGUUUGGGGUGUCAGGAAACAAAAAACUGGCCAGCAAGACAUAAAGAAAGCCAUUCAAUGACAAAGUCAUCUACGCUAGUAGUCCAUACAAGUAAUGAAGACGAGCUCAGAAGAUAUCAUCAACAGCGACAAUGGCUUCAGGAAUGCCGUAUUGUCACAUUCCGCUUAUGGCUUAUGAAAAAUAUAGUUUCUUCCGAAAUCGAAAAGAAAGAACUUUUCUUGUUUGUACGGUCGUACGCUCAUAUAUUUGGCCAUGAUACUUUUACUUGUGAUGAUUGUGGAAUAAAGUCUCCUAAUGGAAAACUUAAUUAUCAUUGUAUGGAAUGUGAGAAUCUAGAUCUCUGUGAAAGUUGUUUCAAAUCGAAAAAAUGUCCUAAAGAUCAUAAGUUGGACCACAAGCUUUCAGAAAUGAGGUGGACCUGUGAUGGUAACAACUGUAGUGGAUAUAUUACUGGCACAAGAUUUCACUGUCUGGUUUGCGGCGAUUUUGACUUGUGUCUGGGGUGUCAGAAAGCAAAAAACUGGCCAGCAAGACAUAAAGAAAGCCAUUCAAUGACAAAGUCAUCUACGCUAGUAGUUCAAACAGAAACUAUAUCAGGUCAAUUUGCCCAACCAAAUUCAAGUGUAUCAAGUUCAACAAAGGACAGUUUCUGCGCUCCCGGAGAGCACAAGUUUACCAAUGGCAAAUGUAUUCUUUGUAAACGAUGCAACCAGUGUUCUGGUUAUGGAGCCAAUUGCAUAAAUGCAAGCCAAAAAUAUCGAUCUCCAGGAGGUUUAUGUGGCUGCGGCUAUGGUGAUGCUGGUUGCCAAAAAUGUGGAAUAUGUAGGGAAUGUGCUGAAGCAUUGAAAGUUCAAGGAGCAUCAUUAAAUUCUGGUUAUCAACAAGCAGAGAGACCUCGACCUAUUCCAACACCAACGACAAAAACUACCCCAGCUACAACGACAUGUAACUAUCGAAAACAAUGUGAAAGUUUUCUUGAAACUUUGAAGAUUUCAGGCGAGUGCCAAAUUCAUUCAUCCCAUUAUUAAAGACCCCAAGUAUGCAGCAUUAAACAAUAAAAAAUGUGCAAUGAUACAGUUGUGUUAUUCAAGUAAUCGUCAAAGUUAAAGUAGCGACCUUAAAACUUUCAAUAAGCAAUUCAUUGCUCAGGUGUUUGGUUUUUCUUCUUUACUCAGACAAAACCUUCAUAUCAUUUUCAUACCAAUUGUUGAAACAACUUUUGCAUAAAGUGAAUGAAGUAAAAAAAAAAUUCACUAUGUUAUAAAAAAGAAAAAAGUUUAAUCACUGUUUCAAUUUCAUUUGUAUUAUAUUUACAAGAGUAUUAGCUUAAGUAUUUGAUUUGUAAUAACUAAAUCCUGUCCAUUUCGUUAAAAGGUAUAUUUUGAAAGAAGCGACAUGGCAACAAACCACCAAAUAAAUAAAUGAUCGACAAGAUAUAAAAAUCAACGGCAGAGAAUAAGCAUGUCUGCAUGAUUACACACUCGUUCUCAGAAUAAUUCUAUCCCGUAAUUCAACAGCUGUAAAUACGAUGAUCGUCUUUGAAGAGUUAACUGUUCUUUGAGAUGUACUUAUUAAAAAAAUUAUUUUGUUAUUCUUUGCUAUUUUUGCAGAUGACUAUUUUGACAAAACUCCAAAAUACAACAAGUGUUUUUGUGAUAGCUGCCACAAAGCUCGUGGAGAUAAAGAAUGCUACACUCGUGGUAAUCCACCAAAGACCUAUGCUUUACCUCUUGGUUGGAGCAGAUUUGCCAUCAAAAUUGGUCCACAUGGUAAAGUUUUAAAUAUAUUUGAAAACUGGCAUGUUGCCUUCCAUGGAACACAAGCAGAAUGUCUUCAGCCAAUAUUCAGUAAUGGUCUACAACUGCUAAUGCCAGGCGAUGUUGCUUUUGGUGGAAGUAAGUUACGCGAGGGAGAAGGACAUUACAACGAUAGUUGGAAACCACAUGGCUUUGACACUAAGCAAAUAUUUGUUUCCCCAAGUGUAAAGUAUGCUGGUUGUGCUGUCUAUUCCAAGAAGAAAAGCUUUACAGACCCAAAAACUUGAAAAGAAUCAAUUGCCCAGGUAGCAUUGCAAGUUUUAAUUCGACCUGGAUCAUACAAUGUUGGAAGAACAACUGUAGAACUUUCACAGCCAUUUGAUUCAAAUUUCAGUGAUAAUGAAUUGGAAUGGUCGACGAAUGAAAGAGGAGCAAUAAUUGUAACAGGAUUAUUGAUCAAAGUUACUUAGUAUUUGAUUAUUGAUUUGUAUGGCAUUUACUUUGUUUGGUUAACUGUGAUUUACACUAGCUUUUUAAUGGCUGUUAUUUAAUGAUAAUUCAAUUAAAUUGUGACAAUAUCCUAAAUCAACCAAUAGAACAUUAUUCUAAAUGAAGAUAUGAUCUUCGCACUUUGCUGGACAAUUUAAGCAAUCGUCUCAGGAAUAUUUCAUCGUCUCAGGAAUAUUUUGCUCUUGGAAUAUUUUAUGUUGUGUAUUUUUUUCAUAAUUUACAAAAUUACUAAAAUUUGUACCAUCCAUUAAUAUCACAGUGACCAGUAAACAUAGUUAAUAAAUACAGUAAACAUAAUUAAUAACCACCGAUGUAAUAAAUGGUGUUGUAAUUAAAUAAGAAUUCGAUGUACAAAAUAUUUUCAAUUUCACUUAUUUAUUUUUUAGUUGUAACAGGUUUAUUGAUCAAAAUACAGUAGUGUUUGAUUAUUGA